AGAGGCGGUGCGGGCGCGCGGCGACAGGGGCCGGGCCGAGGCGAGCACCGCGCGGGCCACCAUGGCCACGGACGAGCUGGCCAGCAAGCUGAGCCGGCGGCUACAGAUGGAAGGCGAGGGCGGCGGCGAGGCCCCAGAGCAGCCCGGCCUGAACGGGGCGGCGGCGGCGGCGGCGUCCGGGGCGCAGGACGAGGCGGCCGACGCGCUGGGCAGCGCGGACGACGAGCUGAGCGCCAAGCUACUGCGGCGCGCCGACCUCAACCAGGGCAUCGGCGAGCCCCAGUCGCCCAGCCGCCGCGUCUUCAACCCCUACACCGAGUUCAAGGAGUUCUCCAGGAAGCAGAUCAAGGACAUGGAGAAGAUGUUCAAGCAGUACGACGCUGGCCGGGACGGCUUCAUUGACCUGAUGGAACUAAAGCUCAUGAUGGAGAAACUCGGAGCCCCUCAGACCCACCUGGGCCUGAAAAACAUGAUCAAGGAGGUGGACGAGGACUUCGACAGCAAGCUCAGCUUCCGGGAGUUCCUCCUGAUUUUCCGCAAGGCGGCGGCCGGGGAGCUGCAGGAGGACAGCGGGCUGCACGUGCUGGCCCGGCUCUCCGAGAUCGACGUCUCCACCGAGGGCGUCAAGGGGGCCAAGAGCUUCUUUGAAGCCAAGGUCCAGGCCAUCAACGUGUCCAGCCGCUUCGAAGAGGAAAUCAAGGCGGAGCAGGAGGAGAGGAAGAAGCAGGCAGAGGAGAUGAAGCAGCGGAAGGCAGCCUUCAAGGAGCUGCAGUCCACCUUCAAGUAGCGAGGGGCUGCGGCCCGACCGCCUGGCCCAGGCCCAGGCCCAGGCCCGGAGCCCAGUCCAGCCGGCGCGGGUGGGUGAGGGCGGGCAAACUGGAGGCCCAGCCUGAGUCCUCGGCUCUGUCUGAAGGGACCAUGCUGAAAAGCCCUACAAACGUCUGUGAUUGCAGCCAGUCGAGGGGUCUCACAGAGGUGGCCUGGCCUCUCCCUGCCCCCACCGCUGCUCCUGAGGCUGUGACCCCAGCGCUGGCUCCCUGCCUGGCCCAGAGCUCCCUGGCGUCCCUGAGUCCCUCUCGCACCCCUGGCUGUCCCCUGCCUGCUCCCGCGCUGCUCUGCCCGUGAGCCUGCCCACCACGCGCCCCCUCUCUUCCUCAUGCCUCUCCCUGUCACCCCUCCCCCACCCAGAGGCCCUCAGCCCCUUCCUAGGCUGGGGGAGUGGCAGAUGGCACGAACUGCGGCUGGCUCCGUAGAGUGGGACCUAAGGAGCAGAUCGGAGGCACGAGGGAGCUCCACCCCCGCACCUGUUCCCCAGCCCCGUCCCUCCCUGCUGGAGUCGAGGGGCCGGGGAGAGGCUUCUAUUUUUAUGAAGGGACCCGAGCCCCUGGGACCCAGCCAGGCAGGGUGAAGGGACAGCUGUGUCAAUCUACCUCACGAGCCCACACUUUCCCAGCCAAGCUUUGGGUCAUGGGCAGGGAAGGCUCUGGGGGCAGAAACACCGCUCCCUAGUUCCCCAGGGACAACCUGAGGGUCCCAGGGGCUCUGCAGAGAGCAGCGUGGGGAGGAGGGGUUGGCCCCUCCCAGGGACGGAGACCGGCACGGUCUCCAUUCUCCAGGAGGCGCCCAAGAAGUGCUUUAAGAAGCUUGCGUGGACCAAGCAGUGGGGACCAGGGGACCUCCCUCCACCCUUUCACACUAUCCUUCCCCAGAGUGACAUUAAUCGCCUUGUCACCAGCGACGGGACCUAUCCCGUCACACCCACCCCCCGAGGAAGCAUGGGGACCCCAGCCCUCCCUGUGCCACCGGCCGGGUCCUGCACAGCUCCCAUGUGCUUGCUCACGUGUGUGCGUGUCUGUGUGUCUGUUGUUGUGUCGUGAAACUACCCAUCAUGCAGUCCAAACAGUGGCCAUCGAGGCCACAGUUAUGCAACUUCCAGUGUGUCGUGACAGCGUCACUGCUUUUUAAACUCGAUAACUUUAUUUUAGUAAAAUGCCCCAAGAGUCCAUGAGACUCCCAUUGGACUUGCAGAGGUUUAUUUUCUUGGCCUUAGAAUCUGCAGAGAUUAGGAGGUACUGACCCCCGUGCAGCAGCCUUGGCCCUGGAUUGCGUUUGCCUUAGCCAUGCGUUUAUACAGAUGAAUAUAAAGAGUUCUUUUUUUGGCUUAUUGCUUUUUUUUUUCUUCCUCUCUUCUCACUCCCCUCCUCCCCCAAAAAGCUACUUCUUCAUUUGGUGGUACGAUUAUUUUUUUUAACUAAAAUAAGAUAAACAUUCUAUAUUCUUA